AGAUAAUGAGCAGCUCCUUGUCAUCAUUCAUCGUACGUGUACUUCUCCUCUGUGCACUUAUCGCUCUAUCAAGCGGCUACUACUUGGCAAUGGAAGCACCAGAAGAAGGCGGUUGGCGGGCCGCUAAAAAGUCACAACUUCGAGCGCUUGCCGGUUCACGAAACUGCUUCUUCUCACCAAUCAACUGCGUCAUCACUCACGAUAUGUCCACCUACAGAAAACUUGCCGGUUCCAGCUAGAGGGUCUCCCAGGGUCAUGCACGAUCCGCGCAACGUUGCAUGUAGUCUUCGCCGGCCGGUAAAUCCAAUCUCAUCAGCCAAAUGAUCUCAAACAAUCAAACUCAUCCAUUCGACCACGAGUAGUCAGUAUUUCUUUUUCAAGAUAUGCAGAGGUGAAAUCCCAUUUUCCUUUACUUACGAUUUUUAUUACUGAUUGCCAAGUGUACCCAUCACACUCGUCGA